CUUCCGAGGGGAGAGGAGGGGAGGGGAAGCCAGGACAGCGGAGCCGCCCAUCAGCAGCGCUGGACGGGGGUAGGGCCGGUGCAUGUCUCGCCUUAGGCUCCACACAGGGCUCGCCGCCGUGAAUGAGCGCCUCCCGCCUUCUCCUUCGCCGCCGCCGUCUGCUGCUGCUGUUGCUGCCGCCCAGCUCGUCUCCCGGCUCCCCCUACCGGGGCACGCAGGCUCCAUAAUAAGGAUCUCUCCUCGGAACCGGCUUUUUUCCAGCGGGGAUCUCCUCAAGUCUCGUUUUCCUUGCACUUUUCUCUUUGUGUGUGUCCUGUGACUUUCUGUGGUUUGUCCUUCCUUCUUUUUUCUCCUCCCUCCUUCGCUUCACUUGGUGUUUUCCUUUGUUCUUGUCCUUGUUUUUGAAAAGACGCGUACGCGCUCGCAGCUCCUCCGUCUACCCCUUUGCUGUGUCUUGUGGCGGGAGUGAUGUUGCACGUGGAGAUGUUGACGCUGGUCUUUCUGGUGCUCUGGACGUGCGUCUUCAGCCAGGAUCCCAGCUCCAAAACGGUGGCCGAUCGCUAUGCCGUCUACUGGAACAGCACCAAUCCCAGAUUCCAGCGAGGAGAUUAUCAUAUUGAUGUCUGCAUCAAUGACUACUUGGACGUAUUCUGUCCUCAUUAUGAGGAUUCGGUGCCAGAAGAUAAGACUGAACGGUAUAUACUUUACAUGGUGAACUUUGAUGGCUACAGCUCCUGUGAUCAUACCUCCAAAGGAUUCAAGAGGUGGGAGUGCAAUCGGCCUCAUUCUCCAAAUGGACCAUUGAAGUUCUCAGAAAAAUUCCAACUCUUCACUCCCUUCUCAUUAGGAUUUGAGUUCAGGCCAGGCCGGGAAUAUUUCUACAUCUCAUCUGCAAUCCCUGAUAAUGGAAGGAGAUCCUGUUUAAAGCUGAAAGUCUAUGUACGGCCUGCAAACAACUGUAUGAAAACUAUAGGUGUUCAUGAUCGUGUUUUCGAUGUUAACGACAAAGUAGAAAAUUCAUUAGAACCAGCAGAUGAUACUGUACAUGAAUCGGCUGAACCAUCCCGUGGUGAGAAUGCAGCUCAGACCCUAAGGAUAUCCAGUCAGCCUUUCACAACUCUACUGUUCCUUCUAGCAAUGCUUUUGACAUUAUAGCACAUAUUCUAGCAAGCUGCCACAGUCAACUUUAGGGUCUUGGAACAUCAGAGAUCCACUUAACUGCUCAUCCCAGCAACGGGACUUUGUAUUGGUUUGCAGAUGUUGGUUUGUUCUCCUUUCCCGUCUCCUCCCCUUCUCUCCUCUGCAACCUGAACUUUGAGCAAAAAUUGAAGAGGAAUAACUAGACCUCUUCCUACUCCCAAGCUUUCCCUGGCUUUCCUUGAUCCCUUCUAAAAUAAAUGGACUCCAAAUGAAAAUGCCAAAUUUCAAUAUUGACACUAGUGAUUCUUACUUUCCUCUGCAGCCUCUCUUAAGAUACUGCCUAGUUAACUCGCUGGGCCAUCUGUAUAUGGAGAAGAAAGAAUAAUAGGAGAUGCAGUUAGUCGAAGAAUAAGGAAGUUGUUUGAAAAACCAAGAGGAGUUUUUUACUCUCUUCAAUAAAAUAUUUAUUUCUCCUUGUUCAGCACUGUAAGACGAUCAUGCAAUGCACUGUGUCACCAUGUCAGGACUGGAGGGAAGAUAUUAAGAAUAGAUAUUUCUCAGUGAACAGGCUCCUCAAAGGAAAGAGAUGUCAUUUGUAUGCAACUGCCUUGAAAGGUCCUUGACCAUAGAACUUAUGCUCCAUAACAGAAGCUCUGUCAUUUGGGGAGAAAAAGGUGAUUACUGACAAGCAAGGUCAGAUUUAGGAAGCUAUGUUGGAGUGAUAGUGCCUCUGUUAUCUCUCUUAAGUGGAUAGUGCACACCAGAUUACUUUUCUUUUGACACAGAUACCAUGGUGCUACAAUAAUUUUUGUUCAAAUGCAAAAAGGCAUUUCUGUAUUUAUAAAAUAUCUUUUCUGUGUGAGAGAAGUGACCUUUCCCAAGGCUGACUUACUAGCCAGUAGCCUUGGAUCCAGCUCUGGGUGAUGAUACAUACUAAGUGGAUAACAACUCUGGGUGGAGUAAACCUGGUGAGUGAUAGAGAAUCCCCAGUGACAUGAUAAUUUUGCCUCCCUUGACAGUUUGGCAACUCUUGGAGUGAAAUGCUGCCAGAAAGGAACCAGGACAUUUGUCAUAGAGGGUGGAGGGGAGUUCUGCAUGUGAAGAACAGAGAGUACAGGAAGAUAUUUUUUUUGAACUCUAGAGUGAAAGUUGAGGCAUUGAUCUCAUCUCUCUCUUCCUUUCCAACACAGUUGAAAAGUAGUGUAAAUGUCUUCUUUGGCAGGAGAUAAACUAGACAGACUCCCAAAGACCUUUAACUAUUUUUGUUGCUUUUAAAAAUCCACUAGAGUAGAGAAUACAUUAUCUAGAUAUACCUUAUGCUGAAAAUAAUUAUAUAUGCUUGUCCUAUUUAAAGAUGAUAAAAUGUGGUAACUUUUGACAAGAUUAUGGGGUGCUGAUUGGUUGAAAUCAGGGGUGAAUCCUUAGGCAGCUGUGUUACGGCCUCAUAAAACAUUUACCAGGAAAUGCCUUCUUUGUAGUUUUCCAUUAGCUUAGGCAGACCUAAAUAUAGAUUUAUUAAAUGAGGGAGACCACGAGAACAACUAUUUUGGAAACUUAGUUUUCUCUCAAAAUUAGGACAAAACUUUACAAAAAUGAAGUUAGAUUCCACUGAAUUUUAACAAGAUAGCAAAAAAAAAA